GGAGAAGUGACAUGUUUAGAGUUAUCUGCCCUUUGCCCGCUGCUGAAGCGAGGGAAACUCAAGUUUCAGAUGGCAUCGACACCCAAACAGACGAAUUCCAAGCAAAGUGUUCAACGAAGAAAUAGCCAAGGCAACUUUAAGUCACCUCUUGGUCAACUGUUCAAGUCACCGCUUGGCUCAACAAGAUCUCUGACACCAGAAAGUGAGGAGACUUUACAGGCGGACAUUGUCGCCCUUCAUGCCAGGCUGUCCGAGGUGGAGACAGAGAUUCAACAGCUGGUUGAUGAAGGGUACAAGCAAGAAGAGCUUCAGACACACAUUGAGAAACUCCAUGAGUACAAUGAGAUUAAGGACACUGGACAGAUGAUCCUCGGGAGGAUAGCAACAAUGGAAGCAGUGAGAACUAAGGACCUGUAUGAGAGAUACAGCUUGGGGCUGGAGGAUUGACAGAUCUUGUGUCAUGUGUUCUUCAGUUCUGUUAGAGAUGACUGGAAACCUGUCAGAUGUGACCUGAAUGUUCUGUCAGACUUAGCCGGGAACCUCUGUUAGAUGUGACCUGAAUGCUCUGUCAGACUUAGCCAGGAACCUGUUAGAUGUGACCUGAAUGUUCUGUCAGACUUAGCCAGGAACCUCUGUUAGAUGUGACCUG